CUUUAUUAACAGAGACAUAAAUCAGCCGCUCUGACAAUAUAAAUCUUUAAUAAUGUCCUUACAUUUUAUGCCUGUAGUGUUUGUAAAUGUUGGUGAUUCUGUUGUAUAAUUGUUAAAUGUCUUACAUUAGUUUGUACUCUGCAUUUUGUCUGUGCUGCGGCUUCUUCUUGAACAGCCAGGACAUCCUUGUUAAAGAUAUUUUUAAUCUCAAUGGAUCAUUUCCUGGUUAAAUAAAGAUUUUAUAUAAAUAAGCUGUGUGCUGAUUUAGUGAUUUUCUUUUUUAAAAUCUCCUCUAACCCGGUUCUGGUCUUUUGACCCGGUUCUAGUGCUGACCCACCCCAGGUCCCCUCCGCUGUCACCUCAGAGUUGAGACGUCUUGACGCUCGGGGGCAGGUGGGCGUGGCUUUCGGUGUUUUUCUGGGGAUUAUCUCGAGGUGCGCCUCGCGGACCAAGCUCUGAUUGGUUGGCCCACAUAGCAAACGGCACGCGACUAUGGAUGUCGUUAUAAAAGAGCCUCGCGUGCCUGUUCCUCAAAUAAAGUUUGGAGCGUGAGCAUCAGGCUCAGAACCAGCUGAAAGAAGAAAAGGAGCGGAACCAAACAUGGACUCUGUACUGGACCCUCUCUCCGGACUCGACUCUCUCUCCUCUCCGCCUUAUUUUGAUGAUGACGAGUUCUUCACGGACCAGUCCUCCAGGGACGGACACCUGGACACCGAUGACUUUCUGGAUGAGGACGUGGACUUCCUAGCCUCCCAUCUCCAGGACUACUACAGUCCUGUCAGAGCGGCGCUGCGCGACGGAGACUACGACAUGGGUAACCUGUCCUUCUCCUCCUCAUCAUCCACCUUCUCGUACGGCUGCGCAGACAGCACCCCCGAGCUGUCCCCUCAGCUGGAGUCCCGCGGAGGUCCGUUGCUGAGGCGGAGGCGGCGGAUGCGGUCUGAGAUGGAGAUGCAGCAGCUGCGGCAGGCCGCGAACGUCCGCGAGCGGCGGAGGAUGCAGUCCAUCAACGACGCGUUCGAGGGGCUCCGCUCCCACAUCCCGACCCUUCCCUACGAAAAGAGGCUCUCCAAGGUAGACACUCUGCGGCUAGCUAUCGGAUACAUAAACUUCCUUGCCGAGCUCGUGCAAUCAGACCUGCCCAUCAGAAACUCCAACAGCGAGGCGCACGCGCAGCCUAAGAAGGUCAUCAUCUGCCACAGAGGAACCAGGUCUCCCUCCCCCAGCGACCCAGACUACGGCCUCCCCCCGCUGGCCGGACACUCCCUGUCCUGGUCCGAUGAGAAGCAGCUUCGGGAGCAGAACAUCAUCCGCACCGCCAAAGUCUGGACCCCCGAAGACCCCCUAAAACUGCACAGCAAAACGGGCCUCACGGACAUUGAGAACGAGCCUCCGUUUGGCCUGGUGGCCUGAAGCACGAGGCUCCGGUUCCGGUUUAAAAUGUGACGUCAUUAUAUUAAUGUGAAGCACUGAAAGUUCAUGUAAAUACUUUUAUCAUGUUGAUAAUUAUAUUUUUAUAAUUCAAGC